UGUAACAAAGUGGCGUCUUUCGCAAAUAAUAUUCUAUUCUAACCUAACUGAUCUAAGCAAAUCUGUUAUUUAUAUACAAGGCAUCUGUGAUUACAAAACAGUUAAAUCUAGACUUCCUCAUAUUUUUAAAUAAUUAUAUAAAAUAAAUAAAAUUGUGUUACUUAUUACGAUAUAUAAGAAUAAUAUGGAGACUGUACCGAAAGAUUUGCGUGGAUUAAGAGCAUGUUUGGUAUGCUCCUUAAUUAAGACCUUUGAGCAAUUCGAGUUUGACGGAUGUGACAACUGCGACGAGUUUCUACGUAUGAAGAACAAUAAGGAUAAUGUUUUCGAUUGUACGAGUUCCAACUUUGAUGGAAUGAUCGCUGCAAUGAGUCCAGAAGAUAGCUGGGUGUGCAAAUGGCAAAGAAUAAAUCGUUUCUGCAAAGGUGUUUACGCUAUAUCAGUAUCAGGACGGUUACCAGCUGGUGUCAUUAGAGAAAUGAAAAGCAGAGGAAUAGUGUAUAGGCCGCGCGAUACGAGUCAACGUUAAUUAUUAUCAUAAUUAUAAGAAAUUUUGUAUGUGUAAAUAAUAUAAUAAAUUAAUCCUUUUGUAAUACUGCAUUGUGUUAAACGCAUUAUUCAUCAUGUGAAAAUAAAUAUAUAAAUAUA